AUGAAUGUGCUUAUCUGGAAUUGUCGUGGUGCUGCGAAGGCAAAACUCAAAGGCAUCAUGAAAACUCUAGUUAGAAGUCACAAGGUGGAGGUUGUUGUCCUCUUAAAACCAAGAGUGAGUGGAAUUCGUGCUCAAAAGGUAAUUCAAAAUUUGGGGUAUGUGAACUACAUUAUAGAGGAUGCAGUAGUGGAGCUUGUGGAUAAAACCUCUCAAGCAAUUUUGGUUAGAUUAUCUAAACCCAAUAAUUCCCCUUUCAUUUUUUCUGUCGUGUAUGCUAAUCCAAGAGUUGAGAGAAAGAAGAAGCUGUGGGAAGUGUUGCGUAGUUGGCAUCAGAUGUACUCUGAACCUUGGCUGGUUGCGGGGGAUUUUAAUGAGAUUCUUUCAGCAGAGGAGAAGAAAGGUAGAGCCCCUGUAGACUUCGGUAGAUGUUCUGAUUUUGCAGAUGUUCUGGAUGAUUGCAAUCUGAUGGACCUGGGCAAUUCUGGGCCUUUUUUCACCUAG